AUGGCAAAAGAAUGGACUAAUUGCCAAAUAGACAGUGGUGAUAAUCCCAAAAAAAUAACUCGGCUAGCUAUCUUAAGAAAUAAAAUUAAAAAACAUAGUUCUUCUAAGGUACAUACAACUGCUUUUAAUGUUGCAACUGAAAAAGAAACAAAUUCACUUAUAAAAAACUUUGAAGAUACUGAAAACAAAAUAAAUAAAUCAACUCAUUUAGUUUUUCGUACUGCAUACUAUAUUGCCAAGUGUAAUCGUCCAUUUGAUGACGACAUUAAACUUAUAGAACUUCAAAAACUCAAUGGUCUAAAAGUUGGAAAUACAUUACACUCGAGAUUAUCAUCUACUAAUAUAAUUGACCACAUAUCAUCUAUGAUGAAAAGAAAAAUUGUUUCUAACAUAUUUGAAACUGAAGCAAAAUUAUCAGUUUUAAUUGAUGAAUCUACCACUAUAAGUACUUUGAGUGGAGUGGUGGUAUGUAUACGAGCAGCUAUUUCUUGUGAAGACCCCAUUUUCAUAUUUUUAGACUUAGUUGAAUUAUCAAAUCAAACGGCUGAAAAUAUAGUUCAACAACUAAUUAAAUGCUUACAUCAUGCUGGAUUUAAUGAUCAGUAUUUGCGAGAAAAUUGGGUUUCUUUUGUGAGCGAUGGAGCGAGUGUGCUAUUAGGUAAAAGAAAUGGCGUGGCAAAAAGACUUAAAGAGCUCUAUCCUCUAAUUUUCAGUUGGCACUGCCUAAACCAUCGUUUAGAACUGGCAGUUCAUGACUCAAUAAAAGACAUAGAUAUUUUAUUUUUGAAACUGGGUAGAGUUCUUGAUGUCCGUUGGGUGGCCAGUAGCUGGAGGGCCAUAAAUUCUGUAUGGAAAACAUUUCCAGCUUUGUGUAAUCAUUUUUGUAAUGCUGCAAAUGAUUCAACUAAAGAUUCUAAAACUAGAAACAAAUAUCUUGGCCUAAAAAAAAGAUUGGCAAGUCCAGAAUUUGUAUCAGACCUGGGUUUGAUGUGUGAUUGUCUACAAGAACUAUCUAUACUAUCUAAUCAAUUACAAGAACGUACAACUACACUUAUUCAAGGCCAAAAGCACAUUCAAAGAACAAUAAGGAUUAUAGAAUCAUUUAAAGUUACUCCGGGAGAACAUAUGUCUGAAGUUUCUACACUUAAAAAAGUUAUGGUAUUUAAAAAUAUUCAACUUUCAACUAACACUAAAUUAAUUACUAUUAAUCCAAAACAGUUUAUUUCAAGCAUUACCAAUAAUCUUAAACAUAGAUUACUUGAAAAUAGCAAUGAAGAGACUAUUAUUCAGGAUUUGUUGAUUAUGGAUAUUAGCAUCUGGCUAGAAAAUACUAAUAUUAGGCACGGGGAAAAUGAAAUGAAGCGUAUAUGUAAACGUUUUUUACUUAAUGAACAAAAUGCUAUCAAUGGUCUUCGACAACUAACUGAAUAUAAUACACUUUUGCCAAAAAAAAGUCAUGCCUGA